AUGCCUGGUGAUCAGCACAAGACGUGUCGAUCGCGUCUGGCUGGACUGCUUACCCAACCAUUGAUCCCCAGCCCUAUCAUCAAGUGGAUUCUUCCAGCACGUCUUCGAGAUAAGCAUCACAAUGAUGUUGUUUUCAUUGGAGAACGACGAAUUCAAAUCAAGGAAGCCCUGCCUAGUGGUCAUCUUCAGGAUGUUGUCGAAAAAUCGGAUAUUGAAGGCUCGCUUAUUGGGGCAAAAGUCAUCAAUGUAAGCACCCAGUUGCCUUGGGAAACUCAGGCUCCAACAAGUUCGAUUGUCCACCCUUACGACAGAAACAAGCUACCUCCUCAAAUCCUUUUUCUUGUUUUGGACUCAAAUGAGCUCCUUUUCAUGUACUGCUCAGAAAUGGGAGAUGGCCCAUUUGUUUCCUACAAUCGAGCUCUACCCCGCGAUAUCAACAUAGCCGACAAAUAUGGCAGACAUAUCGCUGUCGACCCCAAGUCGCGGGCGGUCGCAGUCAGCGCGUCACGUAACUUCUUUGGUGUUUUGUGGUUAAAAUCUCCCGACGAACUCCAGAUGCAAAUGGCUCAGGGGAAGCUGAACCCACUUUCAAGUGAGAGUUUCUUCCAAGUGACUGGCGACAUACUGUUCAUGGAAUUUCUGUACCCAAAAGACAACAAUGAUAAACGAGUCAUUCUACUGCUUAUCAUCCACAAUCGUGACACAACACGGUCUAUGGUGUUUGAAUGGGAUGGAGUUAGUGUACUCAACCGCAUGACUCCCAAACGCACCUCAACCAUUCUGCCUCAGCAAGACCAGUUGCCUAGCAUGGUCAUCCCUUUGGCGAAAGAAUCAUCCUACCUCCUGGUCACAACAAACUCCAUGGCAAUGUACACGCCCAGUAGCUCGUCUCGUCCGAUGCGUUACCCGCCGAUCAUUCCCGAUGCCGAAUCAUCGGAGGCUGGACUGUGGACUCGCUGGGCCAGACCCUCGCGGAACUGGAUGUACAGUCAGAGGUAUGAUGGCAUCUUCCUCUGUCAAGAAAAAGGCUGGAUCUAUUAUCUCGAGUUUGGCAACGAUGGUGAACUUGAAACACAAACUUCUUUGGGUCAGCUCCACUGCGAUGUUGAUACAGCAUUUGAUAUUCUUGAUAUGGGCCAUGAAGGAGGUGACUUUAUUUUGGCUGCUGGAAGUCAGGGUGAUGGUGGGUUGUUUGUCCAGGAAGCACGAGAUCACCCUAGGUGUGUUCAGCGAUUCCUCAACUGGGCACCAGUGCCCGAUGCUGUGGUCAUUCCAUCAGCGCCCCAGGACAGCCCCUUCAGACGUAAUCUGAGUCGUCAUCGCGAUCGACUCUUUGUCUGCUCGACAUCUGCUUCAGGCAAUGGGGCUAUCACCGAGCUUCGAUAUGGCAUUGAGGCUCAGAUUGGAGUUGCGGCUACAUUGGGUGGAUUUUCCAGCAUACGUGAUAUGUGGGCUGUGUCACUCGGUACUAAGGAUUCGAUCUACCUAGUGGCCUCUGAUCCGCUUUCCUCAUUGCUUCUUCAUACAACUCCAGAUAUGAGAGAUGGCAUUACUGCUCUUGAGGACGAUACAGAUUUGGAAGUACAACAGACCUUGGCAAUGGACUGUACACCUUCCGGUGCCAUUGUUCGGGUCACAGAAAGAGCUGUGCACUUUUUCGUCCCUGCCGAUAACUCUCUCAACAGCUCUAUUCAACAUGAUCCCCUUGUAUCUGUCACGGCUGCUAUUGUGGAUGGCCCAAGUUCCACUGUGAUCAUGACUACAAGAACUAAAGAGGGGAAUUUCCUCCAUUUCUUUCGCAUAAUCACGACUGGCGCAUGUGUCACUCUAUCUAAUCAUGAGGCUCCAUAUCCGCUCCAAAAGGAGCCCAUCUGUAUCUCCCACCAGAAUUGGGGGAAAGUUGACAACGAGAGUGGUGGAAUCAGACAACACGCCGACACUCGUAUAUCAGUCACUUCUGGGGAUGACAUUUCCCUCGCGAUUGAAAGCCUCGCUGUUGUCAGAACUCUUUCAGACGACAGAAUGCACCCGUUCCUUUUCUGUGGACUGCGAAGUGGCAUACUUGUUCCGUUUGAGAUAGAUACAGAUACUGUCAAUUUCCGCGGUGACCCUGUCUUCGGGUUCAAAUGUUUGAAACAAAGACUGCCACGCCGUUAUGGGAAAACGUCAAUUAAACUCAAAUCCCAUAAUACAUUUGCGUUGUUCAUAUGUGGAGAUGAUUUCUGGCGUGUGUCGUAUGCCCCAGGUGGCAAUGACUGUGACUAUUUCCUCUCUCGUGUUUGGAUUACAGAUCAGAACUGCCCCGCAUACUUUCCUACCAGAUUAAAUAGCUUUGCUCUUGUCGACGUAGGAGAUCAAGAGUCUGGAAUUAUAAGUACAUACUUGUUUUGUUUUGCAGAUGGCCAGCUUCUGGUGUGCUCUCUGGAUCAAGAAGCAAAGACCGUCCCCCGACGCAUCGACAUGCCCGGAAACCCCAGCAAGCUUACGUAUUCCAGGCAUCUUCGGAGUCUCAUUGUCUCGUACUCCGUUGUCCAGAAAGGAAACCAAGCAAGGCCUCUCGAUCUUUCCCGCACGGCAUGCAUCGAGUUUGUGGAUCCAGACGCACAGGUUCCAGUAGUUCCUAACGAUGUGGACAUGGUUUCUCAAGGCCUUCUCCCUUGGAGACCACACGGAGUUUCUGGUGAGAAAAUCACAUGUAUUCUGGACUGGAUGCCAUGCAAGGGUGGUAACGAAUAUCAUCUUAUCGCAAUUGGGACUUCAGUCGACGUGCCUCAUCAACCCAAUAAACGCCAAGGUCGAUUGAUGCUCAUACACGCGUCUCGGGAUGUCAGCUCUCCUGGGCAGAUCACCUGCAUUGACAAGCACACGCAAUGGUUUAAAGACCCAAUCUAUGCAAUGGCCUCUUACUCCGAUAGCGUGAUUGUUGCAUCUGGGAAAAGAUUUUUCACGGUUACCUCACGGAAUUCUCUAACAAAAUGGAAUCGAAAUAUCACUGCACUUCUUCCAUCCCCAGCUGUCGCGAUGACGGUGGCAGGAGACAUGAUCUACGUCACCAGUUCGAGACAUUCCGUUUUGACCUACGUUAUUGUAAACGGGGAUAUCCUGGCAAGCGGUUUCGAUUCAGUCGCACGCGAUGGUUUGUCUCACACUUUGAUUCCCGGGUUUGGAAUUGAACCGGAUCACCUUUUAGUGAGUAGCAGAGGUGGAGCAGCCCGAAUUUUCACCAUGAAAACCCUCGACCCACCAGUUGACCUUGUGCCUCGUGCGGUGGCCAAUCUUCCUGUCUCGUUAAUCGAGGUUACUCAAGGCUGCAAGUCUCCAGCUUCGCUAGUGACCAAUACCCCUUAUUAUGGCUUUGGCAUCAAUGGAACUGUCUAUCGGCUCUUAGUCCUUCGUGCGAAGGAAUGCCAUCUUCUUCAACUUCUGCUCAACAUCUGCCUUAGGGAUGAGGCCAUCUGUCCCUCUCUGUCCCGCAGACAUCGCUACCUUGAUGCAAUCUCCCAGGUUGAAAACAGCAAGCAUAUCGAUGGUACCAUUCUGACUCGCCUUGUGAGUCGCGACUCGAAGUACCUGGAUGAAGUUCUUAGGGCAUGCGACAGGAAGCAGUUCAAGGACCUGACCCCUGAAACAGUGAAGAUAUUCAUGAAGGCAAUUGAGGAGACACUUGGAGCUGAUGUCAACCACACCCAGGCUCUCUUCACAUGGCUUCGGCGCUUGCUGCACAUUGAACUUUAA